UAUAGCUGCGUCUCUGUCGGUUGUUGUGAUUCAUUGACAAACACUUCCUCAGUCCGUUCCAAUCUUCGAGCGUGUUUGUGUUUUUUGGUAGAGUAAAAAGUGUUUAUUUGUUUUUAAUAUUUGUACAUAUUGCAGCGUUUACAGCCAUGGAUAACCACGCUCCUCCGGGCGAGCGGGAAGUUCACCAGCAAGCGCUGCAGCAAAUUAUGAGUGUGCUGCGGAGACCUAGCUCUAGCUUGCAAGAUCAGCAAGAGAUCCUGCAGAUCCUCAGGCGCAACCCGCCGCUUAUGGCUGCUUACAUCAAGCAGCGACAGCGGUAUUUAGGCAUCGUUGCACCCAUAAAUAUAGACAGAACAUGGCAGCAGACAAUAACAGAGGAGGAAAGACACCAUAUUGUGGAAUUGAUCGCCAGUAGAAUACUAUCAUCACUAGGCGGCGUAGGCCCCGUAACACUGAAUUGGGCUCAGCAUAUUGAGGGAAGUGCUUUCGGGACGGCUAGUUCGCGGGAGGACUACUAUCGCAUAGUGGCAGAGGAGAUCCGGAAGGGAGAGAUCCAGGCAAACAUGCAGAAGUCAGGAUUUCUUGGCUCCGGAAUAUCAGGAACGGGAAUUCAGAUUCAGAGGGAAUUUCAGUGAGUUAACUGCCAACCUUCAGUAAUGGAGAGGCACUUGAAGAAGAAAUAGGGAAUAGCGCAGGUCUUCGGGAUAUCUGGCUUGCGGGAAGAGCAGCAACAGGUCUAGGCAUUAAGCAAAUCCAGCAGAUGGAAAUUUAGCUCGAGGUGAUCGAAAAUAAAACAAAUAAAUAAAUUUCAAGCCGCUGUAUUAAAAGGAAUAUAAAUUAAGUCAAUGGUAAUUAUUACACCAAACAAAACGUUUUAAUGUCAAAACAAUAAAGUAAUGUUCAGAAUAUGUAAAAUAUC